ACCAAGUUUCAGUCUGGCCACUGCAUCUGAUCAAAGAACAGAGGCACGAGGGGGGGGGGAAAGCAGAUUAUUCCAGUGAGAUCUAAGCAAACAUCUCUUUAGGUAUCUGAGAUCUUUUUUUAUCAUGAAGCUCUUCGCAGUCGUUUUUCUCUUAGUGUUCAUUGCCAUCUGCUUUACCAGCAUAGAAGGAUCAAAAUGCAAAUGUGCAAGAAAAGGCCCCAAAAUAAGAUUCUCUGAUAUACAGAAACUUGAAGAGAAGCCAAAGUAUCCAUAUUGCAAGGAAAGAAUGGUCAUUGUCACCAUGAAAUCACGGUUCAGAGGAGGCCAUCAGUAUUGCUUACAUCCCAAACUCCCAAGUACAAAGAGAUUACUUAAGUGGUACACAAUAUGGAAAGAGAAAGAGAGAGUUUAUGAAGAGUAAGAAGGUAAAAGGAUAAUACAAGUAACAAGGUUGUGUAGCGGACAUAAGGAAAAGG